GUGGGUGGCAACCUCCGUGCCACGGUCAUAUCUUCCCUAGUCGCCUGUCCCCGUUGGCCUCAUAUUUAUUUUAUUUUAUUUAUUAAGAGACUGAAUAUAUCGCCCAGUCCACAAACUCAGGGACAAGGCGAGAACAGCAUCCGAGAUGUAAAGGGCAAACGCCUGGCGGAAAAGACGCGUCUUCAACAAGGUUUUCAAGGCUGAAAGGGAGGAGGCAGACCGAAUCUGGGCGUGGGGGGAGCGUUCCAGAGUGGAGGGACAGCAACAGAGAAAGCCCCUCCACGGGCCCUAGUACCAUGGACCUCUCCGAGACCAGGGACCGAAAGAAGGGCCACCUGACCAGAUCUCACACGGGACAGACCUGGCCAGGAGAGGCGGUCCUGAAGAUAAGCAGGCGCUAAGCCCUGAAGAAGGGCUUGAAAGGAGAGAGCCAGCACUUGGAAUGGGAGCAGGAAGCAAAUAUAGGGAACUAAUGCAGGACUCUCCCGCAAGAGAGGCGUCCCACACCCCAUCCUAUCUCCUAGAGCCCAGAAGCAGGCGCGCCGGCUCAUCGGUGCCAGCAGCAGGGAGGAGCCCAUCAGCUUCCAUUCCAAGUCUUCGAGGGGCGCUUGAACGCGCCCUCUCCAGCCGUGCGCAAUCCGGCGUCGGCCCACGGGUAAGGCCGUCAGGAGCGCCUCCCUCGGCCUCCGCCGGGGCGCUUUCUCGCCUCCCUCCCGCCGCCUCCCGCUCUCUCCGACCCGACUGGCACCGCCUCCGACGGCUGACGACGCCGCCGCGGUGAGCGCAGAGGCUGGACCGCCGGGUGGAGGCAGCGCCGCGCGCCUCGCUCGCUCACUCACUCGCGGUGGUUGCCCGGCCCCGCGGCGGGCAUGGUGCAGCCGUCGGAGGGCCGGAGGAGGCAUGGCGACCUGGAAGCGGGACAGCCGGCUCACGGCGCUGCAGCGGCUCGGCUGCGCCGGGCUGGCCGGCACGACGAGCCUCAGCGUGACGGCGCCCCUGGAAGCGCUCACCGUGCUGUCUCAAGUCGGCUCUCGGCACGCCGCCGGGCGCGGGCUCUGGCGGGCGGGGCGCAGCCUGUGCCGGGCCGAGGGCAUCGGGGCCCUCUGGAAGGGCAACCUCACCGCCUGCCUGCGCCUCUUCCCCUACAGCGCCCUGCAGCUCGCCGCCCACCGCAGGUUUGUCCUGCUGUUUGUGGAUGACGUGGGCCACAUCUCCCAGUGGAGCUCCAUCAUGGCCGGGAGCCUGGCAGGCAUGGUGGCAGCUGUGGCCACAUACCCAACAGAGGUCAUCAAGACACGACUCAUCGUGCAGAACCGGCUGGAGCCUUCCUACAAAGGGAUACUUCAUGCUUUGUAUAUGAUUUAUCAUCAGGAAGGAGUUCUUGCACUUUACCGUGGUGUUUCAUUGUCAGUAUUAGGUGCCAUCCCAUUUUCCCUUGGCUCGUUUCUUGUUUACACCCAUCUGGAUAAAAUCUGGGGUGAACCCAGCCUCCGCUUCACGCCAUUACAGAAUUUCAUCAACGGCUGUCUGGCGGCUGGCGUCGCACAGACCGUUUCGUUCCCCUUCGAAACUGUCAAGAGGAAAAUGCAGCAAACAAGCUGGAGAUGCCAGAAGCUUGAAAUAUUAUACCAGAAGCAUUUCACACAUCUCUUCUGCAACCUCCGUCUGACAGAAGGGAUCACUUCAGGCUUAUCGCCUCCGAGAAGCUAUUUGAGGGAUGAUUUAUACAAGCCAUGGGGGAAACCGUUGCUGUGUAAUACCUACCUGUUCAUGUCUGAAGGGCUCUUGCUACUGCCCCCCUGGCAUUUUUGCUUAGCAUGCCAAUCAACAGUGGCUCAGGCUCAGAGUCCUUGCCUCCCGCAGGGCGGAGGAGUCGACAUCAGUUUUGCUGGCAUGAUAGACUGUUUUAAGCAGACAGUGAAGACUAACGGAGCCCUUGCCCUUUGGAGUGGACUCACGGCUAACUUACUCAGGAUUGUCCCUUACUUUGGAGUCAUGUUCAGCACCUUUGAGUUUUGCAAACGGGUCUGCCUGUAUCGAAAUGGUUACAUUGAUUCCCCUUUGAGCUACAAGCUAACUCCAGGCGUGGACCAGAGUUUACAACCACAAGAGCUGCAGGAAUUCAAACUCCUUGGAAGAAGAAACUUCUGAGCACCAGGAAGCGUUAUCUGAAAAGUAAUUGCGGAAGACUGCAUUGCAAAAUGGACAUUAAGGUUUCCUGCCAGCUAUCCUCAGCGGGGUGAAGAAAGGAAGAUGUUGGACUUUCGUUAAUGGUAGAUGCAUGUUCCUCUGCAUGUACAUCUUUGUUUGGCUAAGAGCCUGUUCUUGCUAAAAUCAGGCCCAAGCCAAAUCACUUCACAGCCAUCUGUUGUGGCCUCCCAUUUGAUGGGCCACCUCUCUGGUUGAGAGCUGGUCUGGUGGCAGCAAGCAUGAAUGGUCCCCUUUGCUAAGCAGGGUCCACCCUGGUUUGCAUUUGAAUGGGAGACUACAUGUGUGAGCACUGGAGGCUAUUCCCCUUAGAAACUAGCCCAGGGUGAAAACUAAGUUAGCAUCUUAUGCUAGCUUUCUUCAAGGCCGGGCAUAAAUGUCUUUCAGGAGGCAUAAUGAUGGAAUGGAGGACCGUUCAUUCUCUGGUGUGCCCUGAAAUCCCAGACUAAGAUUUAAAACUACAAGCACGUGCCAAGGAGAAUCAACCCACCCCCCGCUGAAAACUGAGAUUAUGUGUUUGACGUUGUACAUUCCGGAGAACACGACCAGAAUGAAAACUGGCCGUUUCUUCUUCUUCUUUUUUUAAAGGUUGAUGGUAAAGGCUGGCAUCUGUCUGAACAUACUUCAGCUUUCGGAGGAGACAAGGUUGAUUCUAACUCGAGGGCUGAUUUAGAUCAGCGGAAGAAUUGCAUGGUAGGACCCCCUCCCCCACCAACUAGGCUGCAUCUCUUAUGCACGACUGCACAACUCUAUCCCCAGCUGCAGUGGCCAAGAGACAGGCGUGAUGGGAGUUGUAGUCCAACAUCUGCAGAGGGCCGAAGUUGUGCAGCCCUUAAGGAUGCAGAUGGGGGCAGGAUGAUGUUAUCCAAUGGUUCCUCAAACCCCCUGCAUCUAGAAAAGUAGCUCAGGGUGAAAACGAGGUUAGCAUCUUCCUUGGCAUGCUAGCUUUCUGCAAGCACAAAAUUGACUGGGCAGGGAAGCAUUUAAUUAUGUGUUUCCCCACCACCACCUGCCUAUUGAGGGGGUACAACCCAAGCGGGCUGCCCAGUGCGAUGCUUCUCAAUGUGAUGCUUCUCUUGCUCAAGAAUCUACAUGGCAUCCCCUUGCUCAAGCAGCACGUAAACGCCAAACCAAAAUAUAUGGCGGAGGGACUCCAUGCAGAGAGAAACCUAAGAGAGACCCUAAACGUCUAAUCAUGUGAGCAUACCAAGUACUGUCAAUAAAUGCACUGAAAAUCCUUGCAACCUCCCCCCCCCCGCAUUUCAUCAAAAUGUGUUUGAUAUUAAACUUAUCUUCUCCAGAAAA